AUGUCUUGCAAGCUCGCAACUUUGUUAACAUGGAGGACUAUGUACAUGAGUACUACUCAGUUAGCAGAUUUAGGGCAGCAUAUGAAGGUGUAAUUGAACCCCUUACGGACAAGAAUCAAUGGCCACACGUGGACACAGGCUUUGUGUUGCGUCCACCAAUUCCAAUAGGCAAGAAGAAAGGUGCUGGAAGAACAAGAAAACAGAGGAUAAAGAGUUGGUGGGAAGGUGGAUCAAGUAAAGGAUCCUUGAACAAAUGCAAAAAAUGUGGGGAGAUAGGACAUAGAGAAGCUGGUUGUCCUCAAAAUGGAACAAAGAAAAGAAAAAGUAGGGGGGAAAAGAAUCCAUCUCCAUGGUUUGAUGUUUCCGUUAGCAAUGCCGUUCCAUCUACACCAACCAAGAGCAAGAAUGAUGCCACUUGUAGCAGUCCUGGAGCUGUCACAAGAAGCCAAGCUGCAGCUCAAGCUAGUCCUGGACCUGUCACAAGGAGCCAAGCUGCUACCCCACCACCAAAACCUCCAGCAAAAGGAAAGAAGAAGAAAAUGACACCUAAGAAGAAGAAAUUAAGCGACCUGUGAGCUUGUUUGUGGCUGUGAUGAACUUGGCUGUUAGUGGAGACUCACUUUUAUUGUUGUGUAUGUGAGAUGCAAACUCACUUUUAUUUGGUCUGUAAGUGAGGUAGAGACUCACUUUUAUUUCCUAUGUAUGUGAGGUAAAGACUCACUUAUUUUGCUGUCAUGAAGUCCUGUAGAACAUGGCUGAAUUAUUCUCUAUGCUAUCAUUGAAUCAUUGUGACCCUAUAUUAUUUCCA